GACAGAGAGACAGAGACAGAGAGAGAGCGAGAGGAUUAAGCGCUGCCAGCAGCAGGAGGAGGAAGAGGAGUGCGACACACACACGAACAACCUGCAACUCCUGCUGCCAGGAGAGAACCCCAAACUGUGACCGUGCAGUUCUAUGUGUUUUAAAUAAAGAUUGGACAUUUUGACUCGUCCUUUCCGUGUUGACCUCAUCUGACUGAGUUGGUGAUACUAAGCUGAGACGCUGCACGACUGCUGCUGGUGAGUGUCUGGACAUAUCUCCACACUCAGUCAUGGCGGGUGACAUGAUGUUACUGAUGCGAGGCUUGGCUAAGUUAAGCCAGGCGAUUGUAGAGACUCAGGGCAGCACCCUACGAAAUGGAACAGGGGUCCCAGGCGUUGGUGCAGCAGUCCAAAGUGUCCAAGCAGUUGCAGAGCAAGGCCUCUCUGCUGCUAUGAUGAAAAUACAGGACUUGUCCGGCCAGCAGCAGACCUCUUCAUCUCAGUCGGAAUUCGACUUUCCUCUAGAUGAAAGUGAAUUUGCAGCUUCAGAGUUCAGGGAGGAAGGUGUGGACUUUACAGUGGAUCCAACAAGAAGUGGUGAUGACGCAGGAGUCCAUGUUGGCACAUCAACAGCGGGAACAAGCCAUGCCAGUGGGAAACAGUCGUUGUUUGAGGGAUACAAAGAUCCCAGCAAACAGUUUAGUGGACCCAUCAGAUCUUACCACCAAGAUUCCAGACAUCUUAUUGGGCAUCUUCAUCUCUACAGGCACUUAUUUGGACAGCUAUACAGUCAUCAUCAGGUCAGUCAGCUCAGGAGCUACCAUCAGGACCCAUCCACAGUCGGGGGGCUGACGGCUGAAGACAUCGAGAAGGCUAGACAGAGCAAGAGGACUGAGGUCAAACCACACAAACAGAUGCUGAGUGAGAGAGCCAGAGAGAGGAAAGUGCCAGUUACCCGGCUCGGCAGACUGGCCAACUUUGGAGGUCUAGCUGUCGGUUUGAGUAUUGGCGCUCUUGCUGAAGUUGCCAAGAAGACCAUCCGACACAAUGGUGUGGAAGGUGAUAACAAGAAAGGCGUUCUGGACUCCAGCCCUUUCCUUUCUGAAGCCAAUGCCGAGCGCAUCGUCAGAACUCUGUGUAAAGUCAGAGGAGCUGCUUUAAAACUGGGACAAAUGCUCAGUAUUCAAGACGAUGCAUUCAUCAACCCGCAACUCGCCAAGAUCUUUGAGCGUGUUCGACAGAGUGCUGACUUCAUGCCAAUCAAACAAAUGACGAAAGCGCUGAACAGUGACUUGGGUCCAAACUGGAGGGACAAACUGGAGUCGUUUGAGGAGCGUCCGUUCGCAGCAGCGUCCAUUGGUCAAGUUCACCUGGCCAGGAUGAAGGAUGGCAGGGAGGUGGCCAUGAAAAUACAGUACCCCGGUGUGGCUCAGAGCAUCAACAGUGACGUCAACAACUUGAUGACUGUGCUGAAUAUGAGCAAUGCCCUGCCUGAAGGUCUGUUUCCAGAGCACCUGAUAGACGUAAUGAGAAGAGAGCUGGCACUAGAGUGUGAUUAUAUCAGAGAAGCCCAGUGUGCAAAGAAAUUCAGGGAGCUCUUAAAAGACCAUCCAUUCUUCUAUGUCCCUGAGGUGAUAGAGGAACUGAGCAGCAGCCACGUGCUGACCACAGAGCUUGUCCCUGGGUUUCCCCUGGACCAGGCUGAGAGCCUGACACAGGAGCUGAAGAACGAGAUCUGUGAGAACAUCCUGAUGUUAUGCCUCAGAGAGCUGUUUGAGUUCAGGUACAUGCAGACUGAUCCAAACUGGUCCAACUUCUUGUAUGAUCCACAAACACACAAGGUGGCGCUGUUGGACUUUGGAGCCACGAGAGGAUUUGAUCUGAGUUUCACAGACCUCUACAUAGAGGUCAUCCGCUCAGCUGCAGAGGGCAACAGAGAAGGAGUCCUGAAGAAAUCCAUUGACAUGAAGUUCCUGACUGGUUAUGAGUCCAAGGCGAUGAUAAAUGCUCAUGUGGAUGCUGUUAUGAUCCUCGGCGAGGCCUUCGCCUCCACAGACACCUUUGAAUUUGGCUCCCAGUCCACCACCGAGAGAGUCCACAACCUGAUCCCAGUGAUGCUCAAACAUCGGCUAACCCCGCCCCCCGAGGAGACGUACUCCCUGCACCGUAAGAUGGGAGGCUCGUUCCUGAUCUGCUCCCGCCUGAACGCCAGGCUUCAGUGUAAGGACAUGUUCCAAACAGCGUAUCAGAAGUACUGGGAGGGCCGCACACCGCCAUCUUCCUCAGUCUAAGCCUGUCAUCGUUUGUCAGGUAGAUUUCAUGUAUGGGGCCAACGGCAAUGUGCAAGACAAGGUUGAAGACACAGAA